ACUCCGGAUUCAGACACUGAAUCAGCUGCUGCAGAACGUGCAAGACAAGCUGACCUUUCCAGGCCACUCUAGAGGGAGAUGAAGGUGUUGCUGAGCCUGGCCCUGCUGCUGACAUGGCUGGGGCGGUGCACGGGGGCUGCCGAGGUGUUCACAGAGCCCCAGCUCCGAGCUAGGGCUGGGGACUCUGUGCUGCUGCAGUGCCUCUUCCUGGACCCCGACAGCAAGGGAUGGACCCUGCACAAAGUGGACUGGCUGCACAGGGCAGGAGCUGGCACACAGGAGGAGAUGGUGUUUUUCUACUACAGCAACCACGGCGUCCCCGCGGGCCGCUUCAAGAACCGGGCGCAGUGGCGGGGGAACAUCUCCGGCUGGGACGGCUCCAUCCUGCUGCAGGACCUGCGUCUCAACGACAGCGGCACCUACGAGUGCGAGCUGCGCCUGCUGGAGACCAGCAGCGUCUUCAGGAGCCGCACGGUGCUGCUCGUCAGCCCCGCCGUACCCAGAGGUGCCGAGGAUGUGGCGCCCCCGAAGGACUCCGGGUUCUGGCCGGCCGUGGUGGGCUGUGGCUGCGUGGCCGUGGUGGUGGCGUUCCUGGCCGGGCUCUGCGUGAGGAAGAGGUUUGCAACCGUCACGGCCCUGGAGAGGAUGGGACAGAGCAGCAACAAAGGCAAAGCAGAGGAAGCAAUUUACACCUCCAUCCCUGGAGCUGAGGUGCCCAAGGCCGAGCAGGAGGCAAAGAAGAAGAAGAGAGCUGAGGACACGUACAUAACCAUGCACCCGUCUCACUGCCGGGACAACGGCGUCUACGUGGAGCUGGCCAAGAGGGCCCUCCCGUCCGAGUGGAUGGCAGAGGGGACCCAGGGGCAUGGACAGAGCCAGGAGCCCCACAGCAGGCCGCAGGAGGCUCUGCCCCAGCCCCCAGAGCUGCAGAAGUAGCUGUGCUGUGGAUGGCAGCCCCGUUCCAGGUGUGUCCGGGACACCUCUGUCCCUCUGCGGACUGAGAACUGGUGACACGUCGCUGUGUGCCCCGUGCCAGGGCACUGCCGGGGCACAGCCACCCCAGCUGUGUGCAGGGCACCAGGGGACGCCUGUCCCUGUGGCUCCUGCCCCCUGGACUCCAGAGAGUGGGCACAGCCUCACGCUCCAGCUCUGAU